AUGAGUCAUCGUCAUCGUUCCGUCCUGAAACAGCGGAACAAGGCAUUUAAGGGGUCAUCUUCCAAGCCUAAGAACCUCAAGGAAAAGCGAAGAACUGUGGCAGCAAAUGCUUUGGCUCUUUCCAUUAACCGACCAAUUACGAAAUCCGACCGUGUGCAACGGUCUAAGCAGCGCCGCCUUCAGCUGCGCCGCGACUAUCAUCAGCAACAAGUAUCGAGUUCCACUGGCCCACCCCCGAAGGUAGUUCUCCUUCUGCCGUUUUCCGAUUCUGUAUGCGUCGACAGGGUCUUUAACGAGAUAAGACGGGAACUCGUUUGCGAAGGUGAGGGGACAGUUGACGAUGGGAGUUCGGGUGGAGAUAUGGACGAGGACGAGACCGGCACAGGAACUAAUGGUGUGAAGGAAUCGUCUUUCCAAAGCCAUCCUCAUCACUGCCGCUACUUAUUCACCUUGCCUGCUUAUGCACGGAACCCAGCAAUACCGAAAAGGCAUCGUCAACAAGUGUUGCUGGUGCCUGCGCCCCGCAUUCACGACCGAGACACAGGUGACGUAAUGCAGGAGGAAGGGGGACAACCCGAACGGCCGAGUGAGCUCUUGAGAUAUAUGGAUCUGUGCAGCUGCUGUGACGUGUUGAUAUGUCUCUUCGGCGGCAAAUGCACCUACGAAAACAGUGCCUUUAGUCGCCGGGGAUACAAAGUACUGCAGGCCCUCAAGCUCCAGGGCCUCCCACCUUCGGUAAUCGGCGUCGGCUGUGUAGAUCCUUCCUUGUUAGAUCCGGCAGAUGCUCCCCAGGGAAAAUACGCGGUGAAUGAAAGUCUCAAGUUUAUGCGCCGCUUCUUUGAAUCUGAGCUAGGCGCCGAAAGGAAGUUUUUCAGCAUCGGGAACUCAACGGACUGGCGUAAUCCUUUACGGGCUUUGGGGGCUGCUGCUACCUUGGCCCAAGCUGAUCUAAAUGCGAAAGGUUUGGCAAAGGGAGCGGAGGCGGCUGCUUGCAGAAGGCGAGGGCAUCUACUCGCUUUGAGCUGGCGCAUAGCGUGGCACACCUUGUCGGACGAUCCCACGGCGCAGCCGGAGCCCUGUCUGGAAGCUUGGGGACUGGUCCGCGGAGCCGGUCUCACUUGCAAGCUGCCUGUGCAUAUAACAGGUGUUGGCGACUUCGUGCUCUCCAGAAUUGAGCCUGUGGGGCCGCCGCCAAAAAGGCGGGAGUACGCUGCAUUAAAUAGCCACACAGCAACUGAGAUGGAAGCCCUUGGGGCAGGCCUGGAAGAGGUUGUCCAAGCAUGCCAACCCUUGCAGCCUAUGGACAUUGCUGCCUUGGAGCAAACCUGGCCCACAGAAGACGAUAUUACCGGUGACGGUGAGACCGAGUCAGCUACUUACAGGAGGCGUGUCCGCGUCCCUAGGGAUGUAGGCGAUUAUGAGCGAGCGUGGCUGGAGUCAGAUACAGACGGUACAGGUGACGAACGCGAGGACGAGGUAUAUAUGAACAGCGAUGCCGAUAUGCAACCUGAGGAGGCUGCUUCUGCGGACGCUGAGCAGGCCUCAGGCGCACCUGAUGAAGCAGAUGAUGAUUGGAAGCCCCUCAACGGUGCAGAACAGCAACAGAUGAAAACAGAUAAGUAUGUGCGGGACAUUGUUGGCAGUUCAAACGUGGGACCCAAUAGUGACGAAGGAGCCCCUUCUGAAGGGUUUCAGCACUCAUCGGCGUCUAGUGCUCGCUCUGGCGUCGACACUCCGUUGGAUAUUCCGGCGAAGGAACGCUUCCAGAAGUAUCGCGGCCUGAAGAGCUUCCGAUCGUCACCUUGGGCUCAGAAUGAAGACCUGCCUCUGGGUUACGGCCGCAUUAUCGAUGUGUCCAGCCUGAAGGGUCUGGCGGCAUUUGCACAUCGUGCUCAUGCACAAAUGUGUCAACCCACGGCCGGCUUCUCAGGAAGGUUUUGCCGCUUGUUGUUGCCACUGCGUCAUUCAUACAUGCUGCAGCAGCUACUGAAGCAGCAUCCAUCUCGGAGCAGCAAGGAUCUUGAGGAGGCUUUGGUUGAGGCGAUGGCGCAACGAGUGGCUGGGCGCUUCGCCGUUGAAGCUCAGAGUCUUUCGUCUGCUCCAAAGUCCAGUGCAGAUGACGACCUGAUGGUUCCCGAUUUUCUUUUAGUGUCGCAGUUGUUGCAGCACGAGAGCCAGGUGGCGGUAGUCCACUCCCAAUUAACGUUUUGCGAUGAUGUACCCAUAAAGGGCAAGGAUCCACUGUUGAUGGCUUGCGGAUUCCGGAGAUUUCCGGCCGCCCCAAUUUACUCAGAAGAACCGCGGCAAGGCGUGCGUAGCGCGGCGAAGUGGAAACUUAAGCGCUGGGCAGAACCAGGCACAACUGUCACCGCAACAGUGUACUCGCCACUGGUGCUUCCACCGUCUCCCUGCAUUAUGCUUCGGUCGGACAAGUCAGUUCUUCCAGUGAAUAAAGCGAGUAGCCGCUUAAUUAUUAAACGCGUGCUCCUCAGUGGCCAUCCAUUCAAGGUUCAUAGGCGCAAAGCAGUUGUGCGGUUCAUGUUCUUCAAUCCUGACGACGUGCGGUGGUUUGCACCAAUCGAGCUGCACACAAAGAGGGGACUCCGCGGAAACAUUGUCGAGCCGUUGGGUACGCAUGGGUACAUGAAGUGCAAAUUCAGCGACUACCUCAAGCAGAAUGACGAGGACGCUUAG